UUACCAAACUAAUGUCAUGUGGACUGUUGUUGUAUGUCUUUGUAGACUGUCUGGCUGUAUGGUGACAGAGGAAGGCAGUGGUUAUGUGUCUUCAGCUCUGAGUUCAAACCCCUCACACCUGAGAGAGCUGGAUCUGAGCUACAAUCACCCAGGAGAUUCAGGAGUCAAGCUUCUCUCUGAGAAAUUGAAGGAUCCAAACUGCGCACUGGACAAACUCAAUGUGGAUCAUGGAGGAGAGAUCAGGAUUACAGCAGGACAACGCAAAUAUUCCCUUCAGCUCACUUUGGAUCCGAACACAGCGAAUAAACACCUCCAUCUGUCUAAGAGGAACAGAGUUGUUACCGUUUCUCUCAAAAAUCAGUCAUAUCCCCAUCAUCCAGACAGAUUUGAUGAUGUGCUUCAGGUGUUGUGUGAAGAGAGCGUGUGUGGACGCUGUUACUGGGAGAUUGAGUGUUCUUUGGAUGAUCCUAAUGUUGAUAUAUCAGUGUCAUAUAAGAGCAUCAACAGGAAGGGACGGGGUAAUGAGUGUGUGUUUGGGCAUAAUGAUCAGUCCUGGAGUUUGAUGUGCUCUGAAUUCCAUAACUCGUUCAUACACAAUAAUAUAAAGACUAAACUUAUGGAGCCCAUCAGAACAGGAUUUUAUUGGCAUAAUAGAAUAGGAGUGUUUGUGGAUCACAGUGCAGGAAUUCUGUCCUUCUACAGAAUCUGCAAAGACACAAUGAGCCUAAUCCACACAGUCCAGACCACAUUCACUCAGCCGCUCUAUCCUGGGAUUAGGUUCCGUUCUCCAUUGUUUAUUGCCACCGGUCAAGCAGUGAAACUGUGUUGAUGAAUCAGAAUACAUUCUAGAGAGAUUUUACCCAUAAUGCUUUGAUAUCUUCAUGAUAAAUCAGUGACUGUCACACUGGCUUGACUAGAUAAGAUAAGAGGUUUGAUGCAGAAAGACAAUGAACAAUUAUAUUUAAUAAAAAUCAGGUAUAAACACCAGCACAAAACGUUAACACAAGUGAAAUGAACAUAAGAUGACUAAGGGUUAAAAUAGACUAGAUCAGUGGUUCUCAACCACGCUCCUGUUUCUGGCUUCCAAGACCAACUCUUAUCUAUUUGAAUGCGGGAAUCCUGCAAUCUCAAAACCUGCUUGUUAAUGUCAGG